GCCCGGCGAACAGGCGGCGCCGGCGGGCGGCGGGCGCGAUGGGGGCGGCGGAGCCGCUGCGCUCGGUGCUGUGGGUGAAGCGGCAGCGCUGCGCCGUGAGCUUGGACCCCGCGCGGGCGCUGCUGCGCUGGUGGCGGUGUCCGGGGCCCGGAGUCGGCGCCCCUGGCGCGGAUGCCUGCUGUGUGCCCAUCUCCGAGAUCAUCACCGUAGAGGAAACAGACACUCACGGGAAGCGCUACAGCAGCGGAAAGUGGCAGAAGAUGGAAAAGCCCUUUGCUUUCACAGUGCACUGCGUGAAGAGAGCCCGCCGCCGCCGCUGGAAGUGGGCGCAGGUCACUUUCUGCUGUGCCGAGGAGCCGCUGUGUCACCUGUGGCUGCGCGUCCUGCAGGAGCUGCUGGGGGGGCUCACAUCGAGACCAAAGCAUUUGCUGGUGUUCAUUAAUCCGUUCGGAGGGAAGGGACAAGGCAAGCGGAUCUAUGAGCGGAAAGUGGCGCCACUGUUUACCUUAGCCUCCAUCACCACCGAAAUAAUCGUUACUGAACAUGCGAACCAGGCCAAGGAGAUGCUAUAUGAGACCAACACGGACAGAUACGACGGAAUCGUCUGCGUCGGUGGAGAUGGCAUGUUCAGCGAGGUCUUGCACGGCCUGAUCGGCAGGACGCAGCGGGACGCCGGCGUGGACCAGAACCAGCCCAGGGCAGCGCUGGUGCCCAGCCCACUCAGAAUCGGCAUCAUCCCGGCGGGGUCGACAGACUGUGUGUGUUUUUCGACGGUGGGCACCAACGAUGUGGAAACGUCCGCCCUGCACAUCAUCGUGGGGGACUCGCUGUCCAUGGACGUGUCCUCCGUGCAUCACAAUGGCGCGCUGCUGCGGUACUCCGUGUCCCUCCUGGGCUACGGCUUCUACGGGGACAUCAUCAAGGACAGCGAGAAGAAGCGGUGGAUGGGUCUCGUCAGAUACGACUUCUCAGGUUUGAAGACCUUCCUGUCCCAUCACUGCUACGAAGGGACGGUGUCUUUUCUGCCGGCGCGACACACGGUGGGGUCUCCACGGGACAGGAAGCCCUGCCGGGCGGGGUGCUUCGUGUGCCGGCAAAGCAGGCAGCAGCUGGAGGAGGAGCAGAAGAAGUCGUUGUACGGUUUGGAGAACACGGAGGAGGUGGAGGAGUGGAAGGUGGUCUGCGGGAAGUUCCUGGCCAUCAACGCCACAAACAUGUCCUGCGCUUGUCCCCGGACCCCCCGGGGCCUCUCCCCGGCCGCGCACUUGGGGGACGGCUCUUCUGACCUCAUCCUUAUCCGGAAAUGCUCCCGGUUCAACUUCCUGCGGUUUCUGGUCAGGCACACCAACCAGUGCGACCAGUUUGAUUUCGCUUUUGUCGAAGUUUAUCGUGUGAAGAAAUUCCAGUUUCUGUCGAAGCACACGGAGGACGAGGACAGCGACCUCAAGGAGAGGGGGAAGGCGCGCUUCGGGCCCGUGUGCAGCGACUCCCCGCCCUGCUGCUGCCCCGUGUCCAACAGCUCCUGGAACUGCGACGGGGAGGUCCUGAGCAGUUCCAACAUCGAGGUCAGGGUCCACUGCCAGCUGGUUCGCCUCUUUGCGCGGGGAAUCGAGGAGGACGCGAAGGAGUCCGACAGCUGAGCUGCCCUCACACCCCGCCCGCCUCGCCGUGCUCGGGAAGCGCGAACGUUAUUUAAGAAGAUUCCUGCAGACCAAUUACGUUGAUCUAUACAUUUAAAUUUAGAAAUUUAUUUUUGAUAGUUAGAUCUUGAUUUUAGACAAACUACUUGGUCAGCAAAUCCGUGAACGUUCCCGGCCUUUUCAGCUCUGAGCCUGUGGACCGCAUUUCACAGAACUUGCCUCCGCCAACGGCCCCUGUCAGUUUGGGGCUCUGACUUCUUAGAUUUUAGGCCGACGGUGGUUUUCAGGGGCCCACCUGUGGCUCUGUCACAGUCGUUUUAGGGACGGUGGAUGUGAGGUCCAGGCAUCUGGACGGGAGGGGUCGAGCAGCUCACCGACCCUGUCCGGCGGACGGACUCGCGUGCGCGCGCUCGGGUUUUGGAACACUGGGUCGCCUUCCUGUUACCUUCACCUGAACCUGGGCUCGGGGUGCACUUACUGGGUCGGGUGUGUCCCGAGCGGCUCCGGUGACCUCGGAGCAGGACCGUCUUAGGAAGAAGGACACCGACAGAGAGACCCUGUAUCUGCAAAGUCCCAGCCCUUGCCUCCGUCGCGCUGGUGCCUCUGGGGCCGUCGGCCGGUGGGGAGAACGCUCGUGAGCUCUGGACGUGGUGUCGGUUUUAAACUGAGAGGACCCGCGCUUCACGGCAACCCAGUAUGUGGAAGACGCCUCGAAAAUAGCUUUACUUGAAAUAGAAGCUGCGGCUUGGACUCUGGUUUGCGGAGACGGAGCCGACGUGACUGUCCCGGGCGGCGCUUGGCCGUUUGGAGGGGUAGCUGGUCCUGUUCGCCCGACAGACAUCCGAUACUGGUCGCGUUUCCUUUUGGUGUUUGUGUUUUGGAGUAUACGUGGGAUCUCCUACUCCAUCUUUCAGUCCCGUCCAGGUCACACCAAAGCGAGCUUUACCUGUGGCCUUUCCAGUAGACCACGUCCCUGCGUAAUCGUACAAAGUCAACGGUUGAGCAGGUCCUGGGCGGGCGCCGUCUGGGUGUGGAAAGUCAGUCCCCGCGGGCUCUUUCUGAUCCCCGGUGCUCGCUGCUGGUGGGAAGGACAGGCAGGCAGCUCUGUGUGGGGGCAGCGGCCACAUGUCAGGGCCUGGGGGGAGGGCGCAGAACCACGCUGUGGGACGCGCUCCUCCAUAAGGUUUCCCCAAAACAGUUCUGGCCUGUCCUACAACCCACUGCCCAUUUUAGGAAACUGGUCCGGGCCACGGUGAGCAUUUUCUGUUCACUGAGAGCCGGCCCUGUCCCCGGCUUCCCGCACGGCUGGCCGCAUGCCCAAGUCCGGAACUGCAGGCCUUGGGGCCGUUCUCAGGGCCCGAGUGACGGUCGGGACGCCCCGGGAGUUCCUGAUGAUGUGCACACAGUCCGGAAGGACUGUUCAGACAUUCCCCCAGGGGCGAGAGGCUCAGAUCUCCGGGAAGGCCCCACAACCACUGGACUCCAGGGUGGUGAAGAAAAACCUGGACCGAUGGUGGGUCUGUGAAAACUUAGGGCCAUCUAGAAGGGUUAGUCCGUGUUUUAACUUCCUUGGUGACUCAUCAGUGCGAAAACACCAUGAGCCAUCACGCUCUGACCCUUUCCUGCUUCUCCGCACCAGGUGGGCACCUGGUGGGCGGUCCCUGCCGCUCGGGGGCGGGGGCAGGGGCGACUGCUCUGGUACAAUCCUGGGUAACGGGCAAGUAUGGCCUGAGAGGGUGGCUUCCCUUUCUUGUAAUCUUGCUGGUUUCAAGAUUGGAAAAUGGCGUAUUUGCUCUGGUAUGUUUCAGGAGACAAAAAUAAAGUUACUUUGGGCAGA